AGUAAAUAAACAGGGAGGGAUUCAGCCAGCCGAAAACAAGGAUGCACUCAAGCUGGAGAGCCUGAUGAGAAUCUGACAUCCGAUCACUUGUGAUCGUUCCUGAGCCUCUGCAUGAUCCUCACCGCUCUCAAACUCUACCGCCUUGUCUGGACCUUGGUGAGAGCUGCAACUUUUCCCCACAACCCCCUUCUCAACCGGUCGUCCACUCCACGCCAGGAAAAGCCUGCCUUGGUUCCAGACCUGAUCACCGUGGUCUAAAGCUCUGCCUCCAGGCCCAUUUCAUCUUCAUGAGAUGAGAAGAAUGAGGUUCAGAGAAGUCAAAACCCUGUUCCAGCUCUCUGAAGUUAACUCGAUCAUGGAAGAUUAUCUUAAGUAUAAUAUUUAUAUUUACUUUUCUUCUUGUGGGACUUCUAAACCAUCAUUGGCUUAAACAAACAGAGUUUCAUCAGAAAUCCAGUCAAUUAUAUGCUAUGAUUGCAGAAUAUGGUUCAAGACUUUAUAAUUACCAGAUCAGACUUCGUAUGCCUAAAGAGCAACUGGAACUCUUAAAGAAGGAAAGCCAGACUUUGGAAAACAAUUUUCGUGAAAUUCUAUUUUUAAUUGAACAAAUAGAUGUUCUGAAAGCAUUACUUAGAGAUAUGAAGGCUGGCACAUACAAUUACAGCUGGAACGUCCAAGGAGACACUGCCCAGGACCAGGACAGCUCAGAGAUGCUCGAUGAGGAAAUGUCAAACUUGGUACAUUAUGUACUCAAAAAGUUGAGAGGGGACAUGGUACAAAUGGCUGAUUAUGCCCUGAAGUCAGCUGGAGCCUCUAUCAUUGAAGCUGGGACCUCAGCAAGUUACAAAAAUAAUAAAGCAAAACUGUACUGGCAUGGGAUAGGAUUCCUAAAUUAUGAAAUGCCUCCAGAUAUUAUUCUUCAGCCAGAUGUCCAUCCUGGAAAAUGCUGGGCCUUUCCAGGUUCCCAGGGUCAUAUUCUAAUCAAGCUUGCCAGGAAAAUCACACCAACGGCUGUUACCAUGGAGCACAUUUCAGAGAAAGUGUCACCCUCAGGAAACAUCUCCAGUGCACCCAAGGAAUUUUCUGUCUAUGGCAUCACAAAAAAAUGUGAAGGAGAAGAAAUUUUCCUAGGUCAAUUUAUAUACAACAAGACAGAAAACACCAUUCAAACAUUUGAACUCCAGCAUGAAGUUUCUGAACCUUUAUUAUGUGUGAAUCUUAAAAUCCUUAGCAACUGGGGACACCCGAAGUAUACUUGUUUGUAUCGAUUCAGGGUUCAUGGUGUCCCCACUGAUCACACCUAGAGGAUAUGGCACAGAAGGCCAAGACCACAUGUCCAGAAUAUUUUAGGAUUCUCAUUCCCUGAGAUUAGACUGCACCCCAGAAGUCAAAAAUUGAGAGUGGGAAAGAAACCUCAAAGUAGUUCCUACUUGCCAGUGAAAAGUGAAUGAAUUUUACUAAUAAAAAUAUUUUAAAAAUUCAA